CCUACGUUGUUCCGCUUUAUUUGUUUACGUCCUCUUGCUCCUUCUCAACUCGUGGCGCUGGACGUGCCUUUGGGGCUCCCGAGUCCAGAUCUCCCGUUAUUUUAUGAAAAAUUUAGUGAACAACCACUACAACAUACUCUGCGUGGCCACUAUAUUACACCAUCCUGUUGUGUGGCAAAAUUGCAUAAGUCUUCAGAAGCUUCCAUCGAUUUUUGACUGAAAGAAAACGUGUGACACCGUGACACGUCUGCUUACUCUGUUGGACUGCCAAUUGAAUUUGUUAAACUUAUUUUUAGUAGCAUACACUUUUGGCAUUGUCACAUUGAAUACGUUUGCUACGCUUGCUUUGUACUAUGGCUUCUGUGCUGGUCUGGAGCCGCAGUGCAGCUAGUCGUCUGUUUUCGGUGGCCGCUGUGAAAAGAAUGGCUCCCAGACCUCUGGUGUUCUGCGGCCCGUCGGGCGCAGGCAAAAGCACGCUGCUCAAGAAGCUCAUGGCCGACCACCCUGACCGCUUCGGCUUCUCGGUGUCACACACGACGCGGUCGCCUCGCUCCGGCGAGGUGGACGGACGCGAGUAUCACUUUAUAGACACGGACACCUUCACGCGACAGCUGCAGGCCGGGGCCUUCCUUGAGACUGCCAUGUACAGCGGCAAUCAUUACGGCACGAGCUACCGGGCGUUGCUGGACGUGCUGGAGAGCGGCCAGUGGUGCAUCCUGGACAUCGAUGUGCAGGGCGUGCAGCAGUUGAAGCAAAGCAAGCUUCUAACUUCUCAGUACGUCCCCGUGUACGUGUUCAUCUUCCCUCCGUCGAUCGAGCACCUGAAGGAGCGGCUCACAAGUCGCCAGACUGACUCGGCAGAAGCGAUUGCGCUGCGGCUGGCGAAGGCCGAGGCCGAGAUGGCGUACGGCCACCAGCCCGGCAACUUCGACCUGGUCGUCGUCAACGACGAUCUCGAGGCCGCCUACGCCAAACUAAACGACUUCUUAAGUCCUUUACUGGCCGAGUCUGGUGACAGCUAAUAUACUAAUCAGCACGCAACCUACGAGGAAUGUUGGACCAAUCCCUAGCAUUCAUGUUAGUGGCUAACAAACACGCAUUUUUCACCGAAUGAAAUGUUUGUAUUCAGUGGGACUCAUCUCAUUCCAAGUUCAAAUAGUGACUGAUAUAAAUUGAUCUAUAUGAGGUGUCACUGUGUGGGAAGUUUAUUGCGUUAUGCUCUCUGGUCUUAUUAACAUCAUUUUAUAUCAUGUGAUCAAUUAUGCUUUGUACCAUUGAAAAACCAGUUCGAAUCAUGUUGAAAAUGAAGUAAACUUCGAAUUCUUCUGUCAACUUCCACAAAUAAAAUUUUAUUCAUUCAACAGUGUAUCUACUUGGAAUAAACAAAGUUAUACGGGAUGACGAGCGUCAUUUGGCCCGGAAAACAUAAUUUGAAUUAUAAUUGCCUGGUGUUAAUGCUAAUUAAAUUCACUGCCGCCUGUAAAAUGAAUGAGCAUUUAGAGGACGUCGAUUUGUGGGGGCUUCUGUGUACUCUUUAUGGGCAUCGGGUUCGUAUUGCAGAAUAGCAAUCAUUUUAAAAUCAUAUUGUCAAUUAACUAACCUAAUUUUAUCAGCAGGGAUACAAUUAAUAAGCUCCCAAGCAUGCAUUUUACGGUUAUUUUGCUGCUAGGCCAGUCGAAGACACAACGCUUGUUUUAUAUACCACUACAUCCUAUGAUUGUGACUCUCGCAUUUCAACUAGUCUUUAUAUGUUGUGCUGGAUUCUACUUACGUCAUCUGACGAUAGUUUUGAUGCAUGUUUUAUGCCUUUCACUCAUUCAAUACUCGAACUGUGUGUGAAAUAUUGCCUAGUAUUUAUAUCAAUUGAGUUGUAACACUCAGCGUAGAUCCGAAUUCAAAUCGUUAUUACAUGACUGUUCAGUUAAUGUUUAAUGUAUGGAGCUAGAAAUUCCAGUACAGUUGCUCAAAAAUAAUCGAAUUUUCGCAUGCAUGCUAUGUUUAGAAAGUAAAUUGUGCAAAAGUUUACUCCGGCUCGUGAGCAACUAAUGCGUUACUAGGAAAGAAAAAGACAUCAUUUUGUAAACAGCGGUGAGGAAAACAUUGUUCUCUGUAAGGUGAAGGGCUACUUUUGAUUGGGAUACACCAUAAAUUAGUCUAACAAAUAUAAAUUUGUUGAGUGUACCGUAUAGUCCAAUUUGGGUACGUUUUUCAUUGUUACUAAGGCUUCUUUAGUCUACUAAUUAUUAUUUAAGUUUGUGACCUGCAUUUCUCGUGAGUGUACUUCAAUUAUUUUACAUUUACUAAUUUUGGGCAUUAUUUGCACAUAACGACAGUACCAUUGGUAAUAUUUUUAAUAUUGGUUCGGACCUGAUAAUAAUUACCAUGUGUCGUUCACAACGAUAUCUUGGCCCCAUUUUUUUGUUUUCCAUUUGAUCGUUUCCAUCGAUACAUGAAUUUUUUGUUGCCAAUUUACGAAUUUGUCUACACGUGUCAAGUGAUUAUCACCUAAGUUUAUUAGCAGCAAAACUGCCCUGUGCCCUGCACCAGACUCGGGUCAUUUUUUAGCAGAUUCACGCCUGAAAUAUGAUAAUUUUCUCGUCUGCAUCCUCGUUGAUAUAAGUAGUACGGUACUUCCUGCACUGAGCUUGUACGAGUUUUUAUUGCACGAGCUUUCCAAAAGAUGCAAGAUUUCGUUGAGUCUGUACCAAUUUCUUUUUUGUGCUGACGAAAAUGCGCUACAAAUCGCAUGUGUGCGUGUGACCUAAAGUUUUAACUUUGGUAGAAGUAGGAAAAUAAUGACUUGAUAUUUAUGGGAUUAAAGUUAUGGAUCAGACCGUGAUAAAUGAUGUUUAAUUCGAGCUCUUUCGUUCAUAGCAUUUUAAUAAUUUAAUGGUUCAAAUAAUGGUUCAGUCAAAGAUGUACUUCGAUGAACAAUAUAGCAUCAAGGAAAUUGUUCGCCACUUUUUGUGUCUAAAUAAUGUACGUGUUUUUUACGCCUGCGUUGCCAUGACAUGAGUUAAAUGAAAAUAUUCCUGCUACUUAUAAGUAGAAUCUCGAUCGUGUAUUAAUCCAUGUGUUGGUAACAGGUGUUUUAGUUCGUGCUUAGGUCGAUUUUUUUUGCACUUUUUCUAUAAUAAUUGGUUUGUUGUUGAUAGCUAUCGGCACCUGUAUUUUAUCGCGGGAUAUAAUUGUUAGUGGAAUGUUUUCGUUAUUUCUGGUGUUUUGCUUGGAAGUAAGUAAUUUCCGCAAUGUAGGACAAUAAUUUGAUGUAGUUACCGCGUUGUUCGUCGUAUAUUUGUUAAUUGAGAGCACACAAUGUUCCUGUCUCAUGAUAAUGCUCAGGCCAAUCUCCCCACUAUGGUGAUAGUCAAUAAAAUAACGAUAAUAAUAAUUCAAUGGUAGCUCUGCAUUUAUAAUCUUUGUUGUGACUUCAAUACGUGUUCACUCAGUCCGUAACUGGUACCUGGCGUUGUGAUGUUUCAAGAGCUACGUAGAAAUUAAUAAAUUUGCGUACCGGU